GAAUGCACGGUGUUACCCUGAGACCUAGUGUGUGUGUGUGUGUGAGUGAGAGAGAGAGAGAGAGAGAGAGAGAGAGAGAGAGAGAGAGAGAGCUGCUUCUUUAAGAGCCACCGCCCGCCCCCUCUCCUGUAUUUUUAGCUGAGCCAGCCGCUUCAUUCGCUGGCGGAGACGGGCAGCUGUGGACCGCGGGCCGUGAUCUCACUACAUUUUCUUAAUAAAUGACAUCAAAUCUCACACUGCGGAUUCUCCGAAGGCCUGCGCCACCGUCAGCCGUCGCUCGGAAAUGCAGUGCGAGGGAUCCGCGGGUCCCGUCGCCGCCGUCGGAUGCUGAAAGUCGCCCCUCAGUCCGCUGGAUGCUGGAGGUCCGUUAUGAAACGCAGUGGUGAGAGUGAGGCGAGGCGGUUCUGACAGCCCGUGAAUUCACCGCCAGUCCAGUCCAGUCCAGUCCAGUCGGCUGCAAAAUACCUGUGCGGUGCGGACGGUUCAAGGUGGACCAGCAUCAUCCUCAUCCUCAUCAUCCUCAUCAUCCUCAUCAUCCUCAUCAUCCCUCUCAUCAUCAGCCCUCAGCCUCCUCUCCUCUUCUCCUGGACUGUGGAUAACAAGAAGCCUUCAAGACGGAGGGGGUGGUGGAGCAUCGAGGGAAAAACAGGGGCAACAUGAGAGAGCGGGACUUCAUGCCCAACAUGGAGAGGGGCAAACCUGCCACCUACACGGGGGACAAAAAGGCUAAGAUGGCUGCUAAGACCAACAAGAAGUGGGUGAGACUGGCCACUGUUUUUGCCUAUGUGUUGUCCGUGUCCUUAGCAGCCAUUAUCCUGGCCAUUUACUACAGCCUCAUCUGGAAACCCACCAGCGCCUCCUCUUCCUCCUCCUCUUCCUCCUCUGCGGGGAGGCCGGGGUUGAAUGAGGGGGUCACCCCCACGGCAAACAUCUCUGACAUUUCCAGCAGCAGCAACAGCAGCAGCAACGUGUCAGAGUGGAACUCCACGCAGACGGCGGAUUUAUCUGUGAACCGGAGCAGAGGUUUUCAGCGGGACCACCGGGGGCAGAGCACCGGCGCAGACGUUGCGCACUCGCGGCAGAAUAAAGACGCGCCGCACGCGUCACCCUACGGCCACCCGGGCCCCCGCGCGGCUCAGCCCCGGGUGGAACAUUAUUACACCCCGGGUGAAGGGAAGGAGCGGGAGCUGAACACUAGAGGCGCUAGAGCCACGGAGGAGAACCCGGAGCAGGGAGCCGCGGAGUCAGCCGCUGCGCCACCGAGCCGCCAAACUGACAGUAGAGGAGACUGAUCAGGCCUGUGACUCCCACCUCCACCCCCUCCCUUUCUGCCUCUCUCUCCCUCUCUCUCUCUCUCUCUCUCACACACACUCAUACACGUAUACACACAUACACAAGUCCAGGAGUGUUUUUACAGACUCGAUGCCGCAGGUCGGACUACAAGUCUUCUUCAAGUCACUCUGGUGGAUGUGGGACUGAAGAUGGGGGG